AUGAGCGAACCCACUAACAACCCUACCACUUCCAACUUCAGCAACUCCUCAGUUGCGAAAGCUUCGACUACAUUAACGUCAGAAAAUCAUAGCCCCGGAACCGACACUGAUUCCAAAGAUAACUCAAAAAGGAGAAUUAAAAUAGCCUGCGACAUUUGCCGACGCAAGAAGAUCAAAUGUGACGGGUCCUAUCCCUGUGAAAAUUGUGCUCAGUCAAAAAAGCCAAAAGUUUGUCUGUACUCCGAAAGACUGACAAAGAGGCAACCUAGGAUACACAAACUGAGUCACAAGAGCCACAACAGUAGUUCGAAAACAGAUUCGGUGCCUGUAAAGCAAGGCAUUAACAGAGAUUCAUCUAGCUCGAUGGAAUCACGCAUGGUAAAGCUCGAAAGCGUCCUUGAGAGGCUAACAAACACUGUAGAGCUACUCGCAGAUCGGAUUAAAAAACCCAGCAAACCAUAUCAUCUGGAAACCGGGUACUCCAUGGAUAUAGAUUCGCGUGAGGCAUCAUCAGCAACAUCAGAUGCAGGUCAUAGAGGUCACGAGAAAGAAGGAUUUGCUCACUCGAGAGAAGGUGUCGCUUCAGCUGAUGGAACAGGAGAUGGUGGCUCAAACCUACCGAGAAUGACGGGAUAUGCACUGUAUAUCGGUACCCAGUCCAUCUUUUCGAUAUUCUCGCGAGAUUCGUUGGAUUGGAUGGAGCAAAAAUUGGGACCUCGUGGGGCUGAAUGUAUCACACCAUUGAAAAACACUUUGGUCGUUUGUCAUAAUAAAUUGAGUACUUUUUUGAACAAAUGGAUUGAACCACCAUUGAAUGAUGCUCAUACAAGACAAAAAUUGAUGCAUCGACCAUUUCCAUCUGAUUCAAAGCUCGUGAUGGAGUUGGUCGACCUAUAUGGAUCGAUACCCAUGAUCACUUUUCUAGUUGAGGCGGAAACAAUAAGAAAGUUGUUUAUUUCGUAUUAUGAUGGAUUAAGUGAUACAUCAAAGAGAAGAAACUUUACCGCUUCAGAAUUGUUGAUGAUGACGUCGGUUUUAAUGAUGGGGUUAGAUGCAAUGAUGGAUAAAACAAGGCAUCGAAAGGACGCAAAGUUAAAUCACUUGCAAGAGAAGCUUUUGGAGAAUGCAAUUUAUUACUAUCAUAGGCUAUGCCUUGUAAGUGAGGGAUUAGAAACAAUUGAAGCAAUAUUAUUGCUAAUUUCCUAUUGUGACUCUAAUUGGAUUACCAGUCAUAUAAACUAUAUACCCAAAGCUGUUGUCGUUAGGUAUGCUCAGGAGAUUGGAUUGCAUAGAAUUGAAUAUUUCAACAAGUUGAGUGAUAAAGAACAGGAUCGGAGAAGAGUCAUAUGGUGGUUUUGUUACUAUUAUGACACUGACAUGUGUUUUAGGUUUGGUAAGCCUCCAUCAAUCAAUAUUGAUGAUGUCACAACCUGUACAGAGACGGAUGUGUUGACGGCGUGCAUUCAAGGAUCCACGUGUUAUUUGGAUCCAAACUUUGACGGCGACGAAUUGGAUCGUCAAAUGUCGAUUGCAGUGGCUGAUGAGGCAUUACUUGGAGAUCCAGCACUACCACUCAGUUUUCGAUUGUUGAAAAAGUUGAAAUCCUUUAAAGAUGGAUCGUUCUAUUAUCAUUUCUAUGGUAUGCAUAUGGCCAAAAUCAAGUCCGAAUCGUACAAUUUAUUAUUCUCAGCUUCAGCAAGGCUACGUGACUUUGAUGCCUUGGCAAAUGCCUUGGAACAUUUGAAUCUGGAAAUGUCGGAAUUGGCGAAAUACGUUUCGGAGGAUGAUAGACCUCGGUUCUACAAUGAUCCAUUAUUUCAUUUUAUUGACCUGAAGAUCCCCGAGCCUGAACGUGGAACUAUACUUGCUGGCCAAUUGGCCUUUUUCGCUCAUAUGAUGGUAAUCAAUCGAUUUCCAUUUGUUGUGCAAACGGACAAAGUUGAUGCCGGGAGCCAGAUUUUAAAGUUUCGUAAUACAUCGUUGGAUGCAGCUCGAACUAUUUUGGUGUUGAUGAAGCAAUUGAACAAAGACACAGUUGACCCGACAUUUAUCAAUUGGGUUGUGUACUAUCCGAUAAUUGCGUUUUUAACACUUGGUGCAUCGGUAUUGAAUCACCCAACCUCACCCGAUGUUGCCAAUGAUAUAAAAUUAAUGACUGAGACUUCAAUGGGAUUUUUCGAUUUUGUUGACGAUUUUGCCAAACCCGAUAAGAAUCUUCGUACACGUGGAGGAGUGUCUAUUGAAUUAAUUGUGCGAUUGAUGUUAAAGGUUGUAAUAAGUGCAUACGAAAAUGAGACGGGCAUAUCAGUUGUACAGAACGAUGAAGCCUUGAGGGUUCAUUUGAAUAGUGUUCAAGUAAAAUUUCCCGAAUUGUACCAAGAAACUACUGAAUUUUCGGUUAAUUUCCCCACGUUUUUUGGCCAACCAUUUUUUGAAACUAGCGAUGAAUGGAGUCUGGAGGCUUCGUCGUCAAUUUGUUCCAUGGGCAACACAUUAAGUCCCUAUGCAUCAUCUCCGAGAUACAAUCCUGCUGUAUCAAACAUCAUGCAUCCUGAUCAUGGUAACACAAAUAAUGUCCAAAGUCCUCAUGCAACUACAUCAAGUGUUAGAUUCCUUCCACAGAAACCCCUUCAAGCUUAUUCAUCACCACUGUCACAUCCUCAUCAUCAGUUACCUGGAAUCUCCCCAAUCCCCAGAAACGCAGUCCCUUCAUUUGUCCAUCCGGUGGAGCAAGUGCAUCAUCAGUCGAAUGGGUCUCACUUGAGAUCAACUCAUGCUUCAAUGUCGCAUGUGCAAGGAAACGCGGCCCAAGCUUCAGCGGCAUCGGGAAUGAAUGGUUACAAUGUACCAAACCAACCGGCUAGUGACGGGGUGCUGAAUAUGCUAUUCAGCCAAAUGAACAGUAUGCCAAAUUUCUUUUUUGAUAACAACUUGGGUAUAUAG